AUGCCCAACUUCGACCAGCUUACAUGGCCAUCCGCUACGGAGGAUCCACCUCGCUCUGUCGGGCAGACGACAAGCACCGGAAAUGCGAGUGCUGGCAGCGAAGAUAAUAGCGGCAUGCUAGGGAGUGAGCCGAGAGGGAUGGCAUCUGCGACUCCUUUCGAACGCAUGUUGGCUCUUCGUGACCUGGCCUGGGAACGAGUCGGGGGCUGGGCAUGGUUCGCAGUCGAGGAGAAAGCUCUUUACAAGCUUCAGGCUGCUCGCGAGGAAAUCCUCAUUCAAGGCUGGCUCGAAGCCCGUCGCACGGGGUCAGACCCCGGGUUUCCAAUCACAGACCAAGAGCGUGCAUUGCAAGCGUGUGCUAUUGAGCGCGAGCGCGAAUUCGCGGAAGCAACCAGGAUCAGUCAGCUUGAUCAGUCCCAGGUUGACCCGGAACUGUGGCAACGAAGCGCACAAUUUCUCCGUUGGUGGACAGGAUUGCCCCCCAGAGCGGCAGAGGAAGCUCAGGAAGCGCCGACCCUCCCUGACGACUAA